AUGGACAGCCAAGUGCGCUUCCUGCUCGCGUCGGAUACGCAUCUUGGGUACUUGGAACGGGAUCCUGUGCGUGGAAAUGACUCGUUCGAGGCCUUUCGUGAGGUCCUCGAGAUUGCGCGUGCGCAGGACGUUGAUUUCAUCCUGCUAGGCGGCGACCUGUUUCACGAGAACAAGCCGUCGCGCGCGACGAUGCACCGGACGAUGGCGAUGCUGCGCGAGUACACGUUUGGCGAGCGCGCCGUGUCGGUCGAACUGCUCAGCGACCCGCACGAUGCGCAGCGGGGCUACCCAUUUCCAGCGGUGAACUACGAGGACCCGAACCUCAACGUGAGCAUUCCCAUCUUUUCGAUCCACGGCAACCAUGACGACCCGCAGGGCUCGGAUGAGCAUGGGCCGCUCUCGGCGCUUGACAUGCUCGCAGCCGCAGGCCUCAUCAACUACUUUGGGCGCUUGGACCUCGCUUCCGAGACCAGUGCCAAGCGCAAGGCACAGGGGACCGACGACAUGAUUGCCGUGCGCCCAGUGCUCCUGCGCAAGGGCGACACGCGUAUUGCUUUGUAUGGCAUGGGCAACAUCAAGGACGAGCGGCUCUCGUACGAGCUCAAGGCGAAGCACGUGUGCAUGUACCGACCGGCGGAAGACCCGGACGACUGGUUCAACCUGCUCGUCGUGCACCAAAACCGCGCGGCACACAACCCCCGCGCGUUUAUCCCCGAGAGCGCGUUUGACGACUCAGUGGACCUCGUCGUCUGGGGGCACGAGCACGAGCAACGGAUCCUCCCCGAGUCCGUCUCGGAAAAGAACUACUACAUUUCCCAGCCGGGCAGCAGCGUCGCGACGAGCCUCUCGCCGGGCGAGACGGUGGAAAAGUGCGUCGCGAUCGUCCACGUCGACCACAAGGACUUUAAGAUUGAGCCGAUUGCUCUGCAGUCCGUGCGCCCAUUUGUUAUGAAGGACAUUUCGCUGCCGACCGAGGCCGCGGCCGCGCGCCUCGAUCCAAGCAAGCGCGAGGACGUGACCAAGCUCCUGCGCAAGCACGUCGACUCACUCAUCAGCGCGGCUGAACGUGCAUGGGAAGAGCGCGUCGCUGCGAUCCCCCAAGACGCCCGGCGGCCCCAACCCUUGCCACUCGUCCGCCUGCGCGUUGCCUACGAUACCCAGAUUCCCCUCGGCAACCUGGCGCGGUUCGGCCACGAAUUCGCAGGGCGCAUUGCGAAUCCAAAGGAUGUUGUCCAGCUGCAGCUCAAGCGCAGCCGCCAGACCCGCGACAACUCUGCGGGACACGUCGUGCGGCUCGAUAAAGACAUGAUUCCCGCCGAAAAGCUCGAGCGCAUCCAACUCUCGUCGCUGGUCCUCGAGAAUGUGCGCCUGCAAAACUUUGACUUGCUCGACGCUGCACAGCUCCAGCGCAGCGUUAUGGGCUACGUGGAAAAGGACGAACGCGAUGCCGUCGAGCAGUUCCUCCAGCAUACCCUGAGCGACAUCGAGGCGCAACUUGCAGCCGAGCAUCUCGACGAGACGCAGCUCCAGGCAGAGCUCGAGCGCGUGAGUGCUCAGCAGCGCUCAGCGCUGGCGGCGCUCGAUGUAGGCGAUACGGGCAUGAUGCAAGCGACACCACGCCGCCCACCGCCGUCGGCACGCACUGCACGGCCGGCCGCGCCGCGCCCCCCCGUGUCGAGUACGCCGCUCGUGCCGCUUCCUCCCCGCCCCGCGCUGAGCCCGUCGCCCGAGCCCGAAGUGCGGACGGCGCGGCGGCGCGUCUCUUCUCCCUCGCCGCCGUCUGUGCCGCCGUCCGCACCGCCGUCCGCACCGCCUACCCCCCUCUCCUCGCGUGCGGCGGCGCUCUCGCAGCUCGGCACGGCGCGUCCGUCGCGGCGGCGUCGAGGUGACAACGUUUUUUAG